GUCGGAAAAACGGCCAGCGUCCACACAGAUCAGCGAGUCAGCAGAAAACACUCACAGACCAAAAGUCCCGAUGGUCGAAAACAUGACUAUUGGGUAUGUUCACGAACUCUCCAAACUCAGAAGAAAUCGUGGAAAUACCAUGGAUUAUUGUUCGUUUCAACUUCAAACGGCUACAAAGAACGUGGACGCACUACUUUAUAGCCCUCAUAAAAGGCCUCUUCUUCACGAAAGUCAAGAGAGAAGGUCUCCAGUGAAGCUCACCUCAUUCACCUUCACGCCAGCCAAGGACAAAAUUAUAGUGAACGACAUGAMCGCGAUAACUACCCCUCAACAAGACGAAUAUUCAUUUCAGUAUCAAACCCCAACAGAAGUACAAACGCCAGUUUUCCAAGUGCUAGAUGUUCUCARUACUUCCAAAGAAUGGGACGUUGUCACGGUCAAGGGCAAAAUCUUUGGUUUGAAAGACCAGAGAAUGGUUGGAAGUCCUCGUAAAAGACUUAAACUUCUAGAAGCAGUUUUGGAUGAUGGAUCUGGUACGAUUCCCAUGGAUAUUUGGGAAUCUAACAUCGACAAUGUCAAAACUGGCCAUGUAUAUACAUUGUCCAAUGUUCAAGUCCGAGUCUGGAGUGGAAGAAAGAAACUAGCCACCACUAUGCGUACCACAAUACAACCACUUGAUGACCAAGUCUUACGUGAUCUACCGACGGAUCAAGAUGAUGUGCCGCUACAACAAACCCACAAGAUAACCGAGGUUGCAUCCAUCCACAGCAUAUCCAAGUGUUCAGAAUGUGUCCAUUGCGGCAAAAGCAUCAUCCAGGCCACAUGCACUGAUGUCAAAACAUGUGAACACUGUGGUUUUAUGAUGAAAAAGGAGUCCUGCCAGACAAAAGUCGUGGCUAAAAUAGUCAUCAACRUAGAUGACCAAGAAGUUAUCUUCAAAAUUCAUCAAGCCGUACUGGAAAAGAUAUAUCCUGAAGUUCWCACAAUGGAACACAUGGCUUUAGGUAGAGAAUUGUUAUAUAGUCUUGUCGAUCGUACUCUACUCUACAACACGGCAAACAAUAAUGUCUUGGACAUUUUCUAAGAUUCUAAACAUUUAUCUAACAAGUUYACCGUUGCAUCAUGUUUGACAAUUAAUAACAAAGAUGUCAAGAACUUAAUUUUUCAGUUUUAUGACAAUUUAUUGUUCAUUUACAAGUGUUUUUAUCGUUAUAAUAACUAUCCCGAACACUGUAAUGUCUUCAAUAUUGAAUGAAAUUGUAAACAUUUAUCCUAUUCACUUUACCGUUGAAAUAUGUUGCACAAUUAUAAAAGUGUUGAGAAUUAUUCUUCCGUUUUAUGACAAGUUAUUGUUCAUUUACAAGUGGUUCUAUCGAUACAAUAAACUAUACUAUGUUGUAUUUAUAAUAAACUUGUU